AUGUCUGGAAGUAUAAUUCGAGAAAAACCAGUACAUUUAGCUCCGAUGCGCCAAAAUAGUGUUCCAAAUGGCAAUUCUCCACUUAAACUAUUUACCCAAGCAAAAACGACAAUCACGGAUAUUUUCAAGCAUAUCAGUACUUACGUAAAUGACUCUAAUAUAUUUUUAGCAGAUGUAACUAAAUCAGAUAAAAAACUUCUGACAGUGGAUAAACACGAUGAUCUUCAACAGUUAAAAGAAAAAGUAACCAGAAUAUUAACUAUUAUUUCGCGAGAUCAUAUGAAAGUUGUCUUCUUUGGAAGAACAAGCAAUGGAAAAAGCACAGUUAUGAAUGCUAUGUUACGUGAAAGAAUAUUGCCUGCUGGUAUGGGGCACACAACAAACUGUUUCUUACAGAUUGAAGGAACUGACAAACUAGAUGCUUAUGUUUUGGUACCGCCUUCAGAUGAGCCAAAAAGUAUUGUUAGUCUUAAAGAUCUUGGUAGCGCAUUAUCACGUGAAAAACUCAAUUCCGAUUCCUUAGUUAAAAUAUUAUAUCCAAAAGAAAAAUGUCGACUAUUACGAGACGAUGUCAUUCUAGUUGAUAGUCCGGGAAUUGAUGUCAGUGCUAACCUUGAUCAGUGGAUUGAAGAUCAUUGUUUGGACGCUGAUGUAUUUGUGCUUGUCGUAUCGGCUGAAGCAACCAUUACCGUAGCAGAAAAGAAAUUUUUGCAUAAUGUUGCACAACGUUUAUCAAAUCCAAAUAUAUUUAUUUUAAUGAAUCGUUGGGAUGCAAUAGUAAAUGAAGAGGAAAAUGUCGAUAAGGUUCGUCAACAACAUCUUGAGCGUGGAAUGGAAUUCUUAUGUGAUGAAUUGCACUUAUACGAUAGAAAAGUAGUGGCUGAUUAUCGAGUGUUCUUUGUCUCAGCUCGUGAAGCAGUACUUCAUCGUGCUCCAGAUCCUAGUAGUUCACCCAGAACCGGUUUUGCAGAGGGAUACAAAGAGCGUUUAACGGAAUUUACUAAAUUUGAACAAGAAUUUGAGAAAUGUAUAUCAAAAGCAGCAGUGAGAACAAAAUUUGAACAACAUACAAAUCGUGGAAAAGAAAUUAUUAAUUUAUUACGAGAUACAAUGGUAAAUAUCACGGAUAAAUCGCACUCCUUAAAACAACAAACUGUUCAAAAACGUACGGAAGAAAGUGAAAAACAUGAUUUUAUCGAGAAAGAAUUAAAGUCAAUGAUGGAAACAACAAAAGAUAGAAUAAGACAUGUAUCAGAAGAUGUUUAUAAAAGAGUGGCACAAACAUUAAAUGACGAAAUCAAACGUCUCUAUACACUGAUUGAAGAAUUUGAUCGUCCAUUUUCAAGUGAUCCCGAACAAAUUCCAUUGUAUAAACGUGAUUUACAUAAAUGGGUUGAAGAACGACUUGGCUCUAAUUUACAAUCACGUCUCCAUUCAGCUUUAUAUUCAUCAUUGGAUAGUGUACAUAAAGACAUAAAAGAACGUGUAAAAUCUGUUGUUAAUAAUGAACGAAAAUCAAUGGUUGAUGCCAUUACACCACGUUCUGAUUUUGCCGUAUCCUAUCGUUUAGAUUGUCUGAAUUUAUGUUCUGAUUUUAAAGAAGAUAUUAAAUUUAAAUUUUCACUUGGUCUCACAUCAAUCUGGCAACGUUUUGUUCAAAGUCAACAUCAACAGAGUGCAUUAACAAUGAAUAAAGAUAAUAGUCUUAAUGUCAGAAAUGAUUCAUUAAUGCCAACCUCAAAUUUACUAAAUUCCACAAAUGAUUUAUUAACAACAGCGAAUAGUAUCACAUCAUUAACGUCAAAAUCCAGUCUGUUAUUGAUAGGUGGUUGUGCAUUGAUAUGGCGUGGCAUUGGUUGGAAAGUAUUGGGUGUUGUUGGGUGUUUAUAUGGUUCAUUGUAUGCAUAUGAACGUUUAAUGUGGACAAAAAAAGCUCAGGAGCGAAAAUUUAAACGCCAAUAUGCUGAUUAUGCUAGUUCAAGAAUGAAAUUAAUUGUUGAUAUGACAAGUGGUAAUGCAAGUGCACAAGUACAACAAGAAUUGAGUAUGUAUUUUGCCCAAACAGUACGUUAUAUUGACAUGGAAAAAGAUGAUAUUUGUGACAAUUUAAAACAAUUAAAACAAGAAAUUGAUCAAUUGUUAUUAUAUAAUGAUAGAGCGAAAGGAUUGAAAAAACAAGCUGAUUGGAUUGAUCAACAACUGAGUCUAUUUUCAAAACAGUAUCUGUCAGAACCAAUGACAACCUCGAUAAACAGUAAUGGAUAA